GUAGCCUAACAAGUUCAUGGUGAUAAGACAUUUCCGCGCAGGUUUAAAGGGCGAUCUUGUUAAUUGAGGAAUGGGACUUGCUCGGAGUGUGGUGUGUUUGUUCGGUGGAGUAAAAGUCCGCUAGGGGGAGGGUUGCUGAAACCCCGGCGCAAGAGAGGAAAAAGUUGCCUUAACUUUCCUGAUCAAGAGCUUGAAAGUUGGUGCGUCCGGAGUGACUGUCAGCAGCAGCGAGGCGAAGAUGGCGCGGCGCUGCAGCCGUGCCACGUCUAGGUUUACCGGGGAUAUACACAUCCAUAUAGGAAAGCUGGUAACAUCUGCGGUUUCGUUGUGUCUUUGUCUACUUUUUCUCUCCAGUGCGGAGGCCGGACUGUACACCGCCUCUGAUCAGAUCCAGGUUUUAACCCUGGAAAAUGUGGACUCCGUCUUGGUCAACUCCACCGCAGCAAUAGUAGUGGAGUUUUACGCUUCAUGGUGCGGCCACUGUAUAGCCUUUUCUCCUGUUUACAAAAGUCUUGCAAGAGAUAUUAAAGAGUGGAAACCUGCUGUGGAUCUGGCAGCCAUAGACUGUGCUGUCGAGGAGAACAGAAAGGUCUGCACUGGUUUUGGUAUCAGAGGCUACCCCACCAUAAAGUUCUUCCAUGCUUAUUCCAAGGGUGAUUCUACUGGACUGGCUUUUGGAGGUUUCCCCCGAGAGGUUCGAGGCCUCCGUCAGAGGAUCAUAGAUGCGUUGGAAUCUCACGAGGACCCCUGGCCCCCAGCCUGCCCCCCUCUGGAGCCAACUAGCCAAGCAGAAAUCGACAUCUUCUUUGAGACCAACAGUGUUGAAUACCUGGCCCUCAUCUUCGAAGACUCUAAAUCUUACAUUGGCCGAGAGGUAACCUUGGACCUGUUACAAUAUGACAACAUUGCGGUGCGGAGGGUCCUGAGCACUGAGGAGGCUCUGGUAGCCAAACUAGGAGUGACCGAGUUCCCGUCCUGCUACCUCUACUACCCUGGAGGCAACUUCACCAGGCUCAACGUCCACAUCGAGGCUCGUACUUUCUACUCCUACGCCCUCCAGAGGCUGCAUGGGGUAGUGCGGUCGGGGAAGCCCAGGCCAGUCACCGAGGACCUCCAGAGGAACGACACAGAGGAGGCCUGGAGACCCUUCAACAGGUCCAUGGUGUAUAUGGCAGAUCUGGAGUCAGCACUGCACUACUCCCUGCGUGUGGAGCUCUCUGCUCAUCCGGUUUUCAAAGGAGAGACCCUGAAUGCCCUCAAAAGCUACAUUUCUGUCCUGGCUAAGUACUUUCCAGGCCGUCCAGUGGUGGUGAACCUGCUGAAGUCGGUGGACUCGUGGCUGCAGGACCACACCGGUGCUGAGGUGUCCUAUGCGGCGCUCAGAGAGCAGCUGGACAACUCAGGACAGGUGCCAGAUGCUGCUUUACCAGAAGGAGUGAGGUGGGUGGGCUGUCAGGGUUCAAAACCCUACUUCAGACGUUAUCCUUGUGGGGUGUGGACCCUCUUCCAUGUUCUCACUGUCCAGGCCCAGAGCUCUGCUGGCUCAGAGCCGCAAGAGGUGCUGCAGGCAAUGGCGGGCUAUGUUCGCAACUUCUUCGGCUGCAGGCCGUGUGCCGAGCACUUCAGCAACAUGGUGCAAGAGAGCCUGGCGGAGGUGCACUCUCUGUCAAUAGCGGUGCUGUGGCUGUGGUCCAGACACAACCGUGUCAACAACAGACUGGCAGGUGCCCCAAGUGAGGAUCCUCACUUCCCUAAGAUCCAGUGGCCUCCACCGGAGUUAUGCUCAGGUUGCCAUGGUGUGAAGAAAAGUGGGGAGCACAGCUGGAACCAGGAGCAGGUCCUCGCCUUCCUCCUCAGCCACUUCUCCUCCGACAGCCUCCUCACAGACUACCUUGAAGAUGAAAGCCAGGUGCUGGCACAACAGAGGGCAAAGCAUGAGAGUCAGAAGCUACUUUUAGAAGCUCAGAGACGAGUAGAAAGGAAAGCCAGGGAGGCUUUGGGCUCCAUUACACAGCCUCCCUCAUCACAACCCACUGCGGAAGAGGAGGAAGAGGAGGAGGAGGAAGAAGGAGCACAAGAGGAGAUGGCAGAGGAAGAAGAAGGUGGGGAGGGAGCAGCAGCAGCUGAUGAAAUGGGCAGUAAGACAUCUGAGCCGGCUUCCUGGGCCAAACCCGGGGUGGAGACAGGUCGCGGUCGGCGGCAGGCCCAGAGGAAGCCCAGCAUUGUGGGGAUGAGGCUGCGGGACCUGCAGGAGGACAUCGUGGAUCUAGACUCGUUUGUCAACCAACACUACAAGGCCAAGGCGCUGCGGGCCGCCGCUGCCUCCAGCCGGGUCAAACGCCGCAGCCUGCAGCGCAAGGAAGAGCAAGAUCCUGGACCCGUGUUUGGGCUAGGCAUGGAGUUGGAUGCAGGACUGGGGAUGGUGGGUCUGCAGGCUAUGGAAACAGACCUGGGGCUGGACAUGGGGCAGCAGAGUGAGCGUCUGCAGAAGCGAGGACUGACCGGCCAGUACGUCGCAGGCUCAGAGGUUGAGUUGAGCCAGCGGUUGUACGCCCAGAGCCACAGGGGGCGCUGGGUGUCAGUACUGAGCAUUGGAUUCUCCGCAGUGGACAUCAGCCUGUGUAUCUUUCUAUAUUUCCUGUCCUCCAUGUGCCUUCUGGCCAUGUACCUCUACUUCAAAAACUGCCUUCGGCUACGGCGGGCCAAAGUGGCCUUGCCCUAAACUAAGGUGAACCACAAUGGGAGGCUUGGAAAUGGCCAACACUGCAUUGUAAUGAAUGGCAAUGGUUAACCUUCUGUUGGGGUUAUAAAGGCUGAGGGUGGGGUAAGUGUAAGGGGAUGUAUCAAGAUUAGGACCAUUUCAAACAUUCCACUUAAACACUGCCCAGAGCCAAAGUAGGCAACAACGUGCUUUACCCUGUGGUCACCUGACAUUGUGGUGUUUUGGUCAUGUAACUCUACAAACUGGAAAAUAGUUGGGAAAAUUUACCAUUUUGCCUUAAUAUUUGAAAUAUAGGUGCAAUUAGGAAGCAAUACUUACUGUAUCUGGCCUCCAAACUGUUUCAGGAGGCUCCUCUACUGUGGAAAUACUGUAGAUAUAUUCUCAUGAGCAAGGCGCUGCUUCUCAUUGGGUUGCUGUUUGAGGUUUGCGGUGGGUUAAAGGCACUUAAUUGUGCUUUUUAUCCUGUUUGACCACUUGUGAAGGAUAAUAUCAAACCUUGUAUGAAAUUAAUGGAAUUUCUGUGAAGCGAAGUGAGUUGUGUGUAAUAUUAAGUGAUUUUUUUUUUCGUGUGACUUGAGUGGUGUUAUGGUCAUAUGUUACAAAGCGAUUUCCGUUUGAUAUAAUGUGUUUACGUUCUCAUAGUAGGUUGCGAUCCACAUACACUAUUUCCCCUGUGGUCUAUGUAUUAUGGCCAGAAAUCAAAAUUCAGUAGCAUUUUUAAUAUAUUACACUUAUAAAAAGAUUUUUUUCAAUCAUUUCAACUAACUAUACUCAGCCUUACUCCAAUAUGUGAUUUCUCAAUGGCAUGAAAUGAAUGAGAGAAACUUUCUGAAAUUGUUUGUUCAACAACCAGUGUUUUUUUUAUCUCUUCCACAGUUGGUCAAAAACAGUCUCUGGCCAGCAAUCCCAGUCCAUUUGCUCUGUGAAUUCUUUACAGUCUGUCGAUAGGACAGAGAGUUGACUGGCGAUAGGUGUUUGGUGCCAUAUCGGUCCACAGUAACCUUUACCAGAAAUGAGCAGCUGUAAUCAUUUAUUCUUUGCAUCCUUUGAGGUGGAUUGCGAAAUUCUGCAUCGUAUCACUCCUUGGGAUAUUACAUCACAUUGCUGAGUCUACGUAAGGGCUGCUCAUUACAAUCUGUUUGUUUGUGAAGUGUUGUGGAGCAACACAUGUUCACACAGGACAAGGUUUUAGAAUAAGCAGGAUUUCUUUUUUGGCCGCUGUCCAUGAUGUAAAGCUUUUACCGCUCAUCUCAAAACACUGUGUUUUUCCUCUUUGUUUCUUUGCUUCUAUCUGAAUCAAUAAAAUUAUUUUUGAUAAGGACGAUUUUAA